UUCCCCUUUCAACAAGAAUUCUGUUUUCUCAUUCACAAAUCUCCCCACCAGUUUUUUUUUUUUCGUUUCUCUUUCUCUAGAAUUCCUCUAGAGGGAGAAAACAAAUUGAUGUCGAAUGAUCAAUCUUUUGUAAAAAGAUUUUCCCUCUCACCCUUCCCUUAAUUCAAAUCUCUUAUCCUUUUUCUCAUUUUCUUUUCGUUUCAUUCCAUUCCCAGUUUUCUUGUUUACAUCCCAAAAUUUUCUCGAGAAAAUAUUGUUUUUAUGCUUUUUUCUCUGUUUUAAAUCCCAAGAUCUCUGCAACCCAGUUCUUCUUUUCACCUGAUUAAUCCAAUUUCCCAUCUGGGUAUCUUUAGUUCUAUUUUUUUUUUUCCUUGUGAAGUUUAAUUUUUCUUUUGUUUUUUUUUUUUUUGGGGAGGGGGUUAAUUUAUUAGAUUAUUUUCAUGGAUCUUUCUUCCCUAUCCCAUUUUUUAAUGAUUUAAUCUUACACCAGACAGAAUCCCAUAUUUUCCUUCAUUGUUUUUUUCCCCUGUUUUUCUUUUUCCUUGUUAUGGGUUGUGCAAGUUCCAGGCAAAAACGAUGCUGGCAUUGCCGAGCACCGUAUUCACCUGUUCCAAGAAGCUACACAAUGCAUGUUCAUCACCCAGCACAACACAGAGGCGAUAGCUACCAUGUCGUAGCAUUAACAUCCACCACAUUAGGUAACUUAAAGAUAGAAUCAAGCCACCAAAGCAAUGGCAACAACACCUUCAAUGUUGCAGCCUUCAAUGGCAAUCUCGAAAACAAUGGGAAUGUGAAGGAAAAGAAGGAACAACAAAGUAAAGGAUUGUCCAUGAUUGAAGCUGAAGUUUGGUCCAAAAUGAUUGAAGAUAAGAUCCCAAAAGUUAUCCCCAAAACACCUAUUGCAACUCCCCCUGGUGAGCCUGAAACAAUUAACACAUGGGAAUUAAUGGCUGGCCUUGAAGACCUUAGUCCUCGUCCUCCAUCUCAUAUUAGAAGCUUUUCAAAUGGCACAGUGUCUCAAAAGCCAUUAUGGGUUCAAUUUGAAGAAGAAGAAGAGGAUCAAAAAUCAGAUUCAGUAAUCACAGAUUUCGAUCCUGAAAUCAUUUCUAGCUUUAGGAAAACACUUGAACAACUCCCUUCUGCUAACCCUUUUCAUCUCAGGCUUAAAAAAGACAAACUUGUUUUAUAUUUCACAAGUUUAAGAGGUGUUAGAAAGACAUACGAGGAUUGUUGUCAUAUUAGGUUAAUCCUUAACACCUUAGGUGUUCGUAUCGAUGAACGUGAUGUUUCAAUGCAUUCAGGGUUCAAAGAUGAAUUAAAAGAGUUAAUGGGGGAUCAAGGGUGUGGUGGAUUGCCAAAGGUUUUUAUUGGGAAAAAGUACAUCGGUGGAGCUGAUGAAAUAAGGCAAAUGCAUGAAGAAGGUACACUAAUGAAAGCCAUUGAAGGGUGUGAAAUGAUGGAUGAUGAUGAGAUUGGACCAUGUGAAGCUUGUGGUGAUAUCAGGUUUGUGCCAUGUGAGACUUGUUCAGGCAGUUGUAAAGUGUACUAUGAAGAUGAUGAUGAAAAUGAAGAUGGUGUGGAAUUAGAACAUGAAGAUGGUGGAGAAGGUGACUAUGGAUUCCAAAGGUGUCCCGAUUGCAACGAAAACGGACUUAUCCGAUGUCCGAUUUGUUGUUACUAAUAAAACGAUGAAUACCGACUGCUAAUUAAGUCAAGUGCAGCAUGAACAUUUCCCUACAUAUAUAUUUUUUUAUUUGUGAGUUUGGUUUUUUCUUUUGUACAGUGAGAGUGAGGAGAGUUUGUAUUGUAAUAAACAGGGUUUUCUUUUCUCAUCAUAAUUAUUACCAAUCAUGUGCUUCUAAGGCUUGUUUUACUUAUUAUGUUUCUUUCUAUAAAAGAAACUUGUAGGACUUUCCAAACAAGUGGAGGAUUAUACUUUUGAGAAAUGCAAUUAUACCAAUUUUUUCUCUUUCA